AUGAAUCCCCAUCACGAAAAUUCGCUCCUCUCACCAAAGAGUGAUCAUUCGGGCCGAGGUGGGCGACGUGGUGGUAACACCACCGCUACCUCAGUCUCCUAUCACUCGGACCCCUUUGCGAGCUCUAAUCUCGAAGAGGAUGUUCAAACCAAGGACUAUUCCUAUGUCAAGUCUCGUACUCCCAAGAGCGAGACUCCUCGCCCUCGUGGUUUCGUCAAUGAUCAGGGAUCGCGGACUCCAUCCAGCAAUGUCAAAGCCAAGAUGGCUUGCUUUGAGAGCCCCAACUCCUUCGGAGAUGACCGUGAUGAUCGCGGUGAUGAUCGAGCCGCUUCCGAGUGGGAAACAGUCGCUGCAGAUGAUGAGUUUGCACCUUACCCAGAGGUCACAACCAAGGCCCAGAGACGCCAGGGAAAGUCGAACUUUGCUUCAGCUACUCCUUCCAAGAGUUCCAAGACUGAUGCAAUCGUCCACCCGCAUAUUAUGAGCUGGGGACAGCCAGCGGAGUCUUCUAACCCUGUCUCGCGUCGCGAUCCCGUUCGCCAGCCGUCGGUGCGACCAGAGCAAGCGUCAUCUCCGCGUUUGCGCACUUUCCAAUCCUCUUCUAGCCUCUACAGCGAGCUGGAUAAGAAGGAGAGAAAGGGUCACAAGCAAGCUCUUCACUCUGACGGAGCUGAACCUGACACGACUUACUGCGAGGGAGAACGAGCUGAAGACGUUCUGCAAGAUGAAGACGAUCUCCCAAUUCCAGAGGGUCUGCGAGUUCAGAAUCCUGACACGCUCAAGAGAGCCUCUGCCAUCACUAGCAGCAGCCAAGGCGACCCCUUUCACUAUGACGGGGACAGGUACUCGGACUUUUUGCGCUCCUCAGUCGAACGGGACGUAAAGGUUCCCGUCGGUCGACAGCCCGAGGAAGAGCCAUCCCCUGAGCCCAUCCAGGACCGCCGACUGGACGGCGAGAUUGUCACACUGCUGAAGAACCGGGCCGAGACUCAGGCGGGCACCGAGGCCGAUUGGCAGACUGUUACGACCGAAGCUCACCCUUACGAUUCGAUGCGCCAGGAAUUCCAUGAUAGCAUCGCCAAGGGUACUGGAAGCAGUCUUGCUGAUGUUUCCGACACGACGGAGCGGAACCAUCACCUCUACGAGUAUGGGUCCAUGGACAGAAUCAUCCAGCAUCCUUCUCGCGAUGUCAACACCGGAUCCUACCGUGUUCGCAACGACAAGCCAUCCAGACUCCCAGUCCUUGUCCCUCAGGGUGGAGGACGUCCCGGGCUCUUUGCUCAGAAUGCGACUCGCAACUUGGUUCAGUCACCACCCAGAACCCCUGCGUCCUUGGCAGGCUUGUUUCGUAAGGACGGACAUGGACAGACUGCCAAGAGACGAAGUCUUCUCCUAGAUGAGGAACGCCGUGACAGCUACCAGACCCUCAGUUCGGAUGCAGGUCCUUCCAAGGCUCACGACAAUGGUGAAUCUUCCAACGCCGAGCGACUUUUCAGCUGGCCUCGAGUCAACAAGACCCUCGGACGGGAGCCUCCCCAAACCCCUCCUACCAUCUUGGACAAGCCACUGUACAAGCGCGACUUCCAGGGAAGAAAGCGGCCUCACGUCCCUCAUGACGCUUUUCUCAAGAAGACUGAGACAAUCCACAUGGACCUCAUCAGUCUCCCUGAGGCAGCCAUGCUCCAGCGUUUCCGCAGAGCGCGAGGUGAGGAGGACCACACUGUGACUGGUGCCGCGUUCGCCGCCCAGAAGCUUGGUGGAAGCAUGAACAGCCCCCUUGGCAGUCCUAGCUCGGCCACGUUCCCUCUGACUCCUACUUCGGGAUCUACUCUCCCACGCCCUGCUCCUGCGCAUCACCCGGAGCGUGCCAACCACAACGGAUUGUUCCGAAACUCGAACGAGCGUAUUACUGAGAUGCUUAUCCCAUCUUCUGCUAUCCUAGGAAGCACCGGGACUGAUAGCCGAUUCGGCACCAACAGAGGAUGGUGCGGUGACAACAUUCAGCCCUUCAACAGCUUCAGUGAAGAUGAACCACGGUUCAGACGCGGCCCGGCCAGCACCUUUGGCAGACGAUCGGACAAUGGACGCGGUGACCGCUCGGGCGUCGAACUCGUCGACUUUACCUGGGGCAACGUCCUCCGCCGUCGCCAGCAGCCUGACGACGCUGAAGACCACCGACAGAAGAGAAUCUUUGUGAGCAUCGUCAUCUUGACUAUCAUGUUCCCCUUCAUCGGUGUUCUCGCCAUCCGGAACAAGCUCGAUGCCAUGAUCCCCUGGGCCACUGAGGGAGAGAUGCACACUCUCACCCCGACCCAGCGUCGUACUCUCAAGUACCUGCUUCUGGCUCUUGCUGUUCUGUACCCUGCUCUUAUCACCGGACUUGUUGUCUACUACGCGGUCCACCGCCGCUAA